AUGUGCCUUCGAAAACGGAAAGGAUACCGACCCCCGGACCUCUUCCAUGCCGACAUUUACACAGGUCCGGUCCCGGGCGAGCGAGGCGGCGAGGUCAUGGGGGGCGGUCGCACUGAGACUUCAGCCCUGAGCGGGACAGGGGGCCGCGCCAUCACCUCCCAACGACCCAACGCCUGCUGCUUCUGCUGGUGCUGCUGCUGUAGCUGCUCAUGGAACGAAGAGGAGCGAAGGAAAAGGCGGCGGAGGAAGAGGAUCACGCAGGACACAAAGAUGGAGACCGUACCAAACUGUGAAGCUUGCACCAAACCAUCGGAGGAGGAGAUGCGGCUGUGGUCCCAGUCCUUUGAGAAGCUGAUGAGGAACCCGGCCGGCAGGAACUUGUUCAGAGAGUUUCUGAGGACAGAGUACAGCGAGGAGAACAUGCUCUUCUGGCUCGCCUGUGAAGACCUGAAGCAGGAGAUCAACAAGAACGCCAUCGAUGAGAAGGCCCGCGCCAUUUACGAGGACUACAUCUCUAUACUGUCGCCCAAAGAGGUGAGCCUGGACGCCCGGGUGCGAGAGGUGAUCAACAAGAAGAUCGAGGAGCCGACGCCGCACACAUUUGAGGACGCACAGCUGCAGAUCUACACGCUGAUGCACAGGGACUCGUACCCACGCUUCCUCUCCUCCUCCAUCUAUCGCUCACUGGUACACGGCAGCUCCAGGACCUCCUCCGAGUCCUAG